AUGCAAGUCCCACUCCUGGACGCCCACGUCCCCAGCUGGCCCCCGGCAUCCCGCGGGCGCAAGCAACCCUGCCACCUGCUCGCCAGCGAGGCGGCCAGCAGGGGGCGCCGCACGCGCUUCGUGUUUCAGAAGGCGCUGCGCUCGCUCCAGCGGUACCCGCUCCCUCUGCGCAGCGGGAAGGAGGCCAAGAUCCUUCAGCACUUCGGAGACGGGCUCUGCCGGAUGCUGGACCAGCGGCUGCAGCAGCACCAAGCCUCGGGCGGUGACCAUGCCCCGGCCUCGCCAUCUGGAGAGAAGAGUUCAGCCCUGGAAGGGCCACCCUUGGAAGCCCAGGACCUUUCCAAGCGGGCUCCAGCCCAGCCCAAGCCGAGGGGCCCUGGCGGCUACUGGCCGACACGGCACUCUGGAGCCCGGGUUGUGCUGUUGCUGCUCUACCAGGAGCACCUGAGCCCGUGUGGCCGAAGUUUCCUGACGAAGGAGGAGCUGCUGCAGGGAUGUGCCCAGAAGGUUCCCGGGAUGGCCUCUGAGAGUGCCCGGCCCUGGCCCGCCCUCCGAUCCCUCCUCCACCGGAACCUGGUCUUCAGAACACACCAGCCAGCCAGGUACUCGCUGACCCCGGAGGGCCUGGAGCUGGCCCAGAAGCUGGCGGAGGCCGAGGGCUUGAGCUCGCUGCCUGUGGGCCCCGGGCCAGAGGAGCCCUCUGCAGUGGCACCAGCCUUACCAGGAGCAGCCUCCAAGGAGCUGGGUGCCAAUGAAGGAGGCGUGCAGCCGCUGGAGCUGGGCCCUGGCGAGUACAGGGUGCUGCUGUGUGUGGAUGUGAGCGAGACUUCAGGGUCCCGGCACCAGCCAGAGCUGCUCCGGGAACUGCAGCGGCUGCACGUGAGCCACACGGUCCGCAGGCUGCACGUUGGGGAUUUUGGGUGGGUCGGGGCCCCAGCCAAGCAGAGCCCUGGCCCCCUGGCAGCGAGGCCCGGCGAGCUGGUGCUGGACCACAUCGUCGAGCGCAAACGGCUGGACGACCUGUGCAGCAGCAUCAUCGAUGGCCGCUUCCGCGAGCAGAAGUUCAGGCUGAAGCGGUGUGGCCUGGGGCACCUGGUCUACCUGGUGGAGGAGCACGGCUCUGCCCGCAACCUCAGCCUUCCGGAGAGCACCCUGCUGCAGGCUGUCACCAACACACAGGUCAUCGAUGGAUUCUUCGUGAAGCGCACGGCGGACAUCAAGGAGUCGGCCGCCUACCUGGCCCUCUUGACUAAAGGCCUGCAGACGCUGCACCAGGGCCACACCCUCCGCAGCCGCCCCUGGGGAACCCCAGGCCACCCUGGACCAGAGGCAGGGCCCUCCCCAAACCCUCUCUGCUCACUGCUCACCUUCAGCGACUUCAACACCGGGGCGAUGAAGAACAAGGCCCAGUCUGUCCGGGAGGUAUUUGCCCGGCAACUGAUGCAGGUUCGAGGCGUGAGCGGGGAAAAGGCAGCCGCCGUGGUGGACCGAUACAGCACCCCUGCCAGCCUCCUGGCCGCCUAUGACGCCUGUCAAACGCCUAAGGAGCAGGAGUCCCUACUGAGCACCAUCAAGUGUGGGCGGCUACAGAGGAAUCUGGGCCCCGUGCUGAGUAGAACCUUGUCCCAGCUCUACUGUACCUGUGGUCCCCUGGGCUGAGCCCAUACCCCGAGACGAGGCCCUGGCCUCGUCCCCGCCUUCUACCUGGCUGCUAGCCGGCCCUUCAACCAGAACCUCUGGCCUCUAAUAAAAGUCCUAAGUGCUUGCA